UAGCGAUAAACCAGUCACGAAUCUGGCCCAUCAAUUUCCGGUCGGUUUAGAUCCAGUCGGAUCUUAAUGAAAACAUCAGGUGUCGACGGUCUACUGAACAGUGGUCCCCAGUCUCGUCUCCAACCGAACCCGAUCUCCAUCUUCCACUCUCCCUCCGUAGCUGUAAGCUGCUGUUCCACUGGUUAGAAAAUGGUGGCUUGUUGUAAUCUAUAAUUCAUUCUCUUUUUUUCAAUAAAUUGCGAAUUCAAACGCGUUUUGUGAAGCACAUUCUACAUUAUAAUAAUUGUACAAUAGGAGUUUGAUAAUUUCGAUUGAUUUUAUUGUGGAAAAAGAGAGUAGAUUUCUUCUUUCAGUUCCUUUUUUGGUUGUGAACUGAAGAAAUGCCGGGGGUAGUGUCAAUGAAAACGCCGCCGGGAGCUACUCCGUUGAGAAUCAUAGUUCCUGAGGGGAGUGAGAGCCAGAUCGGAACUAAUUCAGUUAGAUCCGAGCAAGCUAACGCGAAAUUCAGCUCGCCAGCUCAACGGAGACCCCCCUCUCCUUCACCUUCGUCUUCUCGAGCCAAGCCGUCUCCGGAUCGGAGCUCCGGGAAGAAAAAAUCGCCGCCUGAGAAGGUUGUCAUUGAUGAAUCUUCGCUUGACAACCCGGAUCUCGGGCCGUUCCUGUUGAAGCUUGCGAGGGAUACGAUAGCAUCCGGAGAGGGCCCGAAUAAGGCCCUGGAUUAUGCUCUCCGGGCUUCGAAGUCAUUUGAGAGGUGCGCUGUCAACGGCGAGCCAAGUCUCGACCUGGCGAUGAGUCUGCAUGUUUUGGCUGCUAUUUACUGUAGCCUAGGCAGGUUCGAGGAAGCUCUUCCGGUGCUUGAGAGAGCCAUUACGGUGCCGGAUACAUCCAGGGGUGCGGAUCACGCGCUUGCAGCAUUCUCAGGGCAUAUGCAGCUGGGAGACACUCAUUCCAUGCUUGGUCAGCUGGAUCGAUCGAUUGAGUGUUACAAAGAGGGCCUAAAAGUGCAGAUGGAUGCUUUAGGAGAUACUGACCCGAGAGUUGCAGAGACUUGCAGGUACCUUGCCGAGGCACAUGUUCAGGCAAUGCAAUUCAACGAGGCUGAGAGUUUGUGUAAAAGAACACUUGAAAUACAUCGAGUCCACAGCCCUCCAGCGUCUCUCGAAGAAGCUGCUGAUCGGCGGUUAAUGGCUCUCAUAUGUGAGGCAAAGGGUGAUUAUGAAUCUGCACUUGAACACCUUGUGCUCGCCAGCAUGGCAAUGAUUGCCAAUGGACAAGAGAAUGAGGUUGCUGCUAUUGAUGUUAGCAUUGGUAACAUCUACUUGUCUCUGUCUCGCUUCGAUGAGGCGGUUUUCUCCUACCAGAAGGCACUUACUGUCUUCAAAUCAUCAAAGGGUGAUAACCAUCCUUCGGUUGCCUCUGUUUUUGUGAGGCUUGCUGAUUUAUACUACAAGACUGGCAAGCUGAGGGAGUCUCGAUCAUAUUGUGAGAAUGCCCUUAGGAUAUAUGCAAAACCCGUUCCUGGUACUAGUGCAGAAGAUAUUGCAAGUGGAAUGGCAGAAAUUUCUUCCAUAUAUGAACUGUUUAAUGAACCCGAAGAAGCACUGAAGCUGUUGUCCAAGUCUCUGAAGUUGUUGGAGGAUAAACCGGGGCAGCAAAGUACAAUUGCUGGAUUAGAGGCAAGGAUGGGUGUGAUGUUCUAUAUGGUGGGAAGAUAUGAUGAAGCACGAAGCUCUUUCGAGAGUGCAGUGGCAAAACUUAGAGCCAGCGGGGAGAGGAAAUCAGCCUUCUUUGGGGUGGUGUUAAACCAAAUGGGCUUGUCAUCUGUGCAGUUGUUCAAAAUUGAUGAGGCUGCUGAACUGUUUGAAGAAGCAAGAGAAAUCUUGGAACAUGAGUGUGGCCCUUGCCAUCAAGAUACACUUGGUGUGUACAGUAACCUUGCGGCAACUUACGAUGCAAUGGGAAGAGUUGAAGACGCAAUAGAGAUUUUGGAGUACGUUCUUAAAUUGAGAGAGGAGAAGCUUGGAACGGCAAAUCCUGACUUUGAUGAUGAGAAGAAAAGGCUGGCUGAGCUGCUGAAAGAGGCGGGCAAGUGUAGAAACAAGAAGGCCAAAUCACUGGAAAACCUCAUCGACCCUAAUUCCAAGAGGACAAAGAAAGAAUCGUCAUCAAGGAAAUGGUCCGCGUUUGGCUUUAGAAGUUAAAACACUAACUCUAAGUUUCAUCUGUUUUCCACUAGCUUCAAGGAAAGCCUAUUCUGUAGCAUAGAAUUGAAGAUCGUGUAUAGUGUAUCCUUAAUCCGGUGAGCCUUCCCUAUUCCUUGUCUGGUUUGGAUUGGCUUUCAUUUUAGUUUUUAUUAUCUAUUCUUAUUCCGCAUUUGUUUUUGGUCCAAGAAAAGACUUGAAGUCCCCAUGUAUUUUAAUUAAUUUUUUUUAAAGAAAAAUUAUUUAGUUGCCUAGCGCCUUUGAGUGAACAAAUGAAUUUGAUGCCGUCUUUGUAAUGUUUUUCAUGCUAUAAAAUGUUAUCAUUCCAAUAUCAUUUAUUUAUUAUUGGCUAGUUCUGGCAAAAAU